AUGACGAGGCGGCUCCGCGUACAGCACUGCGGAUUAUUCCUGCGGUUACGGGAUAAAUGGCAGAAAACCAGAGACCUGGAAGGAGCUUUUUCAGCAUCUCUGGCUGCAGAUUAUUGCGCCGGCCUUUGGGAUUUGGUGAAUUCGGGGUCGAGCUCCCUGUUUUUCUUCAUCGCCGCGGUAACCUUGGCCUCCAUCAACCACAAGUCCGGCUCGGCGAUCGCUGCAGCGAGUCGCCACUGCACAUUAACCCUUGUAUCCCCACAAGUCUCAGACUGCUACCAUCACAAAGAGGACGAGGAAGAGGAGGAUACUUCAUGGACAGGUCGGCUCCGAACAUUGGUAUACAAAAUUAAAGGCCGCUCAAAGACAGAAGAACAGGACCCAGCAGAGGAGGAGGAGAAAUCCCCAACCACAUUGAAGGAGCUCAUAUCGCAGACCAUGGUGCGUCGGGCUCAGGAAGACCACAUCCAGGACCCUGAACUUGUGCGCAUUAUGUUCAGCCUUCUUCGUCGACAGUAUGACAGCAUCGGGGAGCUCUUACGGGCCAUGAGGAAAACCUACACCAUCGGCGCCGCCUCCGUGGAAGACACUAUUCAUUUGUUGGCUUCUCUGGGACAAAUCCGCUCUCUGCUCAGUGUCCGUAUGGGCAAAGAAGAGGAGAUGCUGAUGAUUGAUGGUCUUGACGACAUCAUGAACAACAAAGUCUUCUAUCAGCAUCCAAACUUGAUGCGUGUGCUGGGGAUGCAUGAGACGGUGAUGGAGGUCAUGGUGAACGUGCUGGGAGGUGACAAGUCUCAGGCAGUAGAAAUUGCCAAAGAGCAAGAGGACAACCUGAAGGCCGAAUCCGAGAAGGCUGACAUGGAAGACGGCGAGAAAAAGAACAAAGCUAAGGCAGAGGAAGAGUCUGAAUUCCUUGAAAGCAAGCAGGGUCAAAUCAAGAAGAGAAGACGCGGCCAGAAGAAAGAGGAGCCGGAAGCAUUAAUGGCAAACGUCCUGGCCGGCUUGGAGAUCUUCCAAACUAAGAUGUUGAACUACCUGGGCUGGAAUUUCUACAAUCUCAGAUAUCUGGCCCUGUUUGUUGCUUUUGCCAUUAACUUCAUCCUGUUGUUCUACAAGGUAAAGCACUCGCUAGAAUAUGGUCUCUUUAAUGUUUCUCUGGUCGUCGGUCAAAGUGUGAGGAACCUUCUCGCGAAGAGCCAGACAACGACUCGAAGGUGUGAGGAGGAGGAGGAUGCAGACGAAGGCACGGUUUAUUUUGUGCUGCAAGAGAACACCGGUUACAUGGCUCCGACCCUCCGCAUCCUUGCUAUCAUCCAUAAUGUAAUGUGGUUUCUCUGCGUUAUUGGAUAUUACUGCUUGAAGGUUCCUCUUGUGGGAUUGAAACGAGAGAAAGAAAUUGCUCGCAAUGUGGAGUUUGACGGUCUGUACAUCACGGAGCAGCCGUCAGACGACGACAUCAAAGGGCAGUGGGAGCGGCUCGUCAUAAACACCCCGUCGUUUCCUAAUACUGACUGGGAUAAAUUUGUCAAGAGGAAGGUAAGUAACGUAACUGUCCACAUUUGCUUGCGAUUCACUUCUCUAGCGGUGCGCUUAGUGGUUAAAGCAAUCAGUAUUUAA